AGUGCCGCAGCUGUGAGCUGUUGGUCGCUGCGUUUGCGAGUGAGGGAGCUGCGGUCGCUGCGAUGCCCGAGCCGGCCAAGUCCGCCCCCGCGCCCAAGAAGGGCUCCAAGAAGGCGGUGACCAAGACGCAGAAGAAGGGCGACAAGAAGCGCAAGAAGAGCCGCAAGGAGAGCUACUCCAUCUACGUGUACAAGGUGCUGAAGCAGGUGCACCCCGACACGGGCAUCUCGUCCAAGGCCAUGGGCAUCAUGAAUUCCUUCGUCAACGACAUCUUCGAGCGCAUCGCGGGCGAGGCGUCGCGCCUGGCGCACUACAACAAGCGCUCCACCAUCACGUCGCGGGAGAUCCAGACGGCCGUGCGCCUGCUGCUGCCCGGCGAGCUGGCCAAGCACGCCGUGUCCGAGGGCACCAAGGCUGUCACCAAGUACACCAGCUCCAAGUAGGCGGUUUCUGCGUCCUUUUUCCGAUAUUUUUAACCCAAAGGCUCUUUUAAGAGCCACCCACCUUCUCAGUAAAAGAGCUGAUCCUGCGGCGAA